CGGCUCCCCGCCGCUCCUCCCACACUUGAACCUCCCGAAGGACAGCAGGGCGGCCCAAUGCGCUCGCGGGACGGCCUGAGCCGUAGGCUGGAGGGCCAAUAGGAAGCGGCGCGCGCAGGCAGGGCGGGCCGGCGUGACGGACAGCGGAGGCGGUGCCAGCCUGGUUGCUAGCUGCGGCCGCCGCUCAGCGGGGCCGGCCGCUUCAUUGUCGCUGGGCCUCGGGCAGCGCCGGGGCCCGUGGGGCGCCAGGUCACAGGCCCGAGUCUUGAGCCCCACGUGUACCAGCUCUGCUGGCGACGCAACCGUGCCCCGUCGGCUGAGUUUGCAGGCUCCGCGCACCCGGCCCGCGCAGGGUCCGCCUCGCCCACCAUGAAAGGAUCCCGGGCCAGCGCCAGUGUCCUCGGGGGCGGCCCAGAAGGCGGGGACUUGAGUCUGACGGGCGUCCCUCCACCUGUGUCCCGGCGCCCCAGCAGCGCCUCUGCCGCCAAGCCCCUGGCCCGCUCUGUCUCCGUGGUCACGGGCAGCGAGCAGAGGAGGAAGGUGCUGGAGGCCAUGGGGCCUGGGGGCUCCCGGGCCAUCAACAACCUCCGGAGGUCCAAUAGCACCACGCAGGUCAGCCAGCUGCAGACCAGCCCCCCCAGGCCGGCGGAGCCCAGCGACUUCCUGGCGCUCUUCGAGGGCAGCCCCGAUGGGAGAGCGAGGCCGGCCGGCCUGAGCAAAGCGCCCAGCGAGAAGGGAGCCACGUGGAACGUCCUGGAUGGCCAGCCCAGGGCCUUCGCCGUGCCGUCCGGCACCCAGGGCUGCAGCGCGGACUCGGCGGUGGGCCCACGGAGGAAAGAGUGCGCCGUGGUCCUGGCCCCCAGCUUCACCGCCAACAACAGGAGCAACAAGGGCGCCGUGGGCAACUGCGUCACCACCAUGGUACACAACCGCCACAGCCCCGCGGAGAAGGGGCCCCCCGUGAAGAGCUCCAACCAGGCAGCGCCCUCCCUCAACAACAUCGUCAAGGCAGCCACCCGGGAGGGCAAGGAGGGCAGCAGCCUCGCGAAGCUACAGAAGAACGUCCCCAGCACCAACCUCGAGGCCCGGAGCAACGCCGGGGACGCCGCAGGCCUGCUCAGGCGGAGGGAGGUGACCGAGGAGGAGGCCGAGAGGUUCAUCCGCCAGGUGAACCAGGCCGCUGUCACCAUCCAGCGCUGGUACCGCCGCCAGGCACAGCGGCGCCGAGCGGGAGCGGCCAGGCUGGAGCAGCUGCUCGGGUCCAAGCGAGAGGAGCAGCAGCAGCGGCAGGGUGAGGGGACCUUCCUGGACCUGCACCUGCAGAAGGAGGCGGCGAGGAGGAAGGCCCGAGAGGAAAAGGCUCGCCAGGCCAGGCGAGCCGCCAUCCAGGAGCUGCAGCAGAAACGGGCGCAGAAGUCAGCUGAGCUGGGGCUGCCCAGGGAGACCCUUGCGGCGGGGACGCUGCGGCCUGUUGAGGCCCCGCCCCCAACGCCAGGCCGAUCCCACUGCCCGGCCCCCAAGGCCAACAACGCUGGUCCUGGCGUCCAAACCUCGGGCCCCGAGGAGCCCCACUCGCCCACCUCCGAUCGCCCCCAAGCGCCCCCGAAGUCUCCGGAGGACGGGCUGCAGGACACUCGCUCCCAGGAUGCGGCCAGGGAGGACCUGGAAGCGGCGGCCCCCGGCAGGCCCGGGCGCAGGGCACCGCUGGACGAGCUGCUGCGCACGCUGCGGCUGCUGGAGGAGGAGCCGGAGCCACUGGCCCAGCCCAGGGCCCGCCGCAGGGGCAGACGCGCCUGGGCCGGCGAGGAAGAUGACGCCAGCUCUCUGACAGCCGACAACCUGGAGAAGUUCCGGAAACUCAGCGCAGCGCCCAGCCCCCCUGAGGACGAGACUCUGCUCUCGGAGGCCAAGCUGCAGAGCAUCAUGAGCCUUCCUGCCACGGGGGAGGGGAUGGACUGCAGGCCCCCCGCAGCGAUGGGCCCGGUGCUGGAGGCAGGGCGGGGGCACCUAGAGCCGGCGUCCGAGGUGAGCACGUCCAUGAUGCGGCUGAAGCUGGAGGUAGAGGAGAAGAGACAAGCCAUGGCGCUGCUGCAGAGAGCCCUGGCGCAGCAGCGGGACCUCACCGCCCGCAGGGUCAAGGAGACGGAGAAGGAGCUGAGCCGGCAGCUGCAGCGGCAGAAAACGCACUACGAGGCCACCAUCCAGCGACACCUGGCCUUCAUCGACCAGCUGAUCGAAGACAAGAAGGUCCUGAGUGAGAAGUGCGAGGCCGUGCUGGCCGAGCUGAAGCAGGAGGACCAGCGGUGCCGCGCGCGCGUGGCCCGGGCGCAGGAGCAGCACGAGCUGGAGAUUAGGAAGCUCAAAGAGCUGAUGAGCGCCACCGAGAAGGUCCGCCGGGAGAAGUGGAUCAGCGAGAAAACCAAGAACCGGGACCUCCUCAUGACCCCCACGGCACCUCCUGCCCACCAGCCCCGGGGACGCCCCUCUGACCCACGGCCCAAGGGACACCCCCCCUCUGACCCCGCGGCCCCGGACGCCCCCCCUCUGACCCCACGGCCUCUGCCCACGGCCCAGGGACGCCCUGACCCCACGGCCCUCUGCACCGAAGAGCUGCGGUGGCCAGGGUGGGGAUGUCCUUUGGAGGCAGAACGGUGGCUUCAGUCACACGUGCAGCCCGAGACCCUCCCGGGCAGAGGUAAACAUUCUGUGCCUGUCCCGGCCCCCCAGACUGGCCCCACACGGGCCUGGCCCAGCACCCGGCACCCAGCCCACGGUGGCCUGACCUCGGAGGGGUGGGCGGGUGGAGGCCACGCCGAGGGAAGUGGAGGCAGCGGCCGGCCGAGGCGGGGCAGCUGGGGCUCCAGGGCCGACUUCCCGGGAGCGGGCCUGGGCUGCAGCGCCGGGCUGUGUCCCGAGACGGCCGGGCAAGCAGGGGCCUGGGGGCCUGGGACAGGGCAGCGUCUCUCCUGGGCUCCCCGGGCUUCCCUGGAGCAGCCGCUGCCCCGCCCAGGCCUGGAGCCCGAGAUCCAGAAGCUGAUCGCCAAGCACAAGCAGGAGGUGCGGAAGCUCAAGGGCCUGCACGAGGCGGAGCUGCUGCAGCUGGACGAGCGGGCCUCGCAGCGCUACCUGCGCCAGGCCACGGAGCUGCGCGAGCAGCUGGAGCGCGAGAAGGAGGCGCUGGGCCAGCAGGAGCGCGAGCGGGCCCGGCAGCGGUUCGAGCAGCACCUGGAGCAGGAGCAGUGGGCCCUGCAGCAGCAGCGGCAGCGGCUGUACAACGAGGUGGCCGCCGAGAGGGAGCGGCUGGAGCAGCAGGCGGCCAGGCAGCGGGCCGAGCUGGAGGAGCUGCGGCAGCAGCUGGAGGACAGCAGCUCGGCGCUGACGCAAGCGCUGCGGGCCGAGUUCGAGAAGGGCCGGGAGGAGCAGGAGCGCCGGCACCAGGUGGAGCUGAAGGCCCUGAAGGAGCAGCUGGAGCUGGAGAGGCAGGCGUGGGCCGCGGGCUGCGCCAGGAAGGAGGAGGCGUGGCUGCUGAACCGGGAGCAGGAGCUUAAGGAAGAAAUCCGGAAGGGCCGGGAUAAGGAGAUCGAGCUGGUCAUUCAGCGGCUGGAGGCCGACAUGGCGCUGGCCAAGGAGGAGAGCGAGCGUGCCGCUGAGAGCCGCAUCAGGCGCAUUCGGGACAAGUACGAGGCCGAGCUCUCGGAGCUGGAGCAGUCGGAGCGGAAGCUCCAGGAGCGGUGCACGGAGCUGAAGGGCCGGCUCGGGGAGGCCGAGGGGGAGAGCCUGCGUCUGCAGGGCCUGGUGCGGCAGAAGGAGCUGGCGCUGGAGGACGCGCAGGCGGUGAACGAGCGGCUGUCGGGUGAGCGGAGCAACCUGGCCCAGGUGAUCCGCCAGGAGUUCGCCGACCGCCUGGCGGCCUCUGAGGAGGAGACGAGGCAGGUCAGGGCGGAGCUGGCUGAGCUGCAGGCCCGCCAGCGGCUGGAGCUGGAGGAGGUGCACCAGAGGGUGAAGGUGGCCCUGGCGAAGAAGGAGGAGGCCGUGAGCAGCCUGCGGAAGCAGCACGAGGCCGCGGUGGGGCGCGCCCAGCACCUGGAGGAGCUGCUGGAGCGGCGCCAGUGGCCGCUGCAGAGCGCCAAGUGACGCCAGUGACGCUGGCUGGGGCGGGCGGUGGACCAGGGAGGCCGGGUGCCGGGCCCUGAGGCCCGCAGGGGGUGCACGCCGCGAGCCGGUUGGGAGCGGCCCACGCCUGCCCCUCCGCAGAGCGAGUGCUCAGGACGCCCGCCAUCCCGGCUCCUGUGGCUGUGCUUUGACAGUAAAAGAGGUUUUUUAA